ACUACCACAUCUCACAAAACAAACCAAAACCAGUAGUGAGAUAUUAAAUCUGAGUAGAAAAAAAGCAAAAUGUCAGGAAGAGGAAAAGGUGGAAAGGGUUUAGGAAAGGGAGGAGCAAAGAGACACAGGAAGGUAUUGAGAGAUAACAUCCAAGGUAUUACUAAGCCUGCUAUUCGUCGUCUUGCUAGAAGAGGUGGAGUUAAACGUAUCAGUGGUUUGAUUUAUGAAGAAACAAGAGGUGUUCUCAAGAUCUUUCUUGAGAAUGUCAUUCGUGAUGCUGUGACCUACACUGAACAUGCCAGAAGAAAAACUGUUACUGCUAUGGAUGUCGUUUAUGCUUUGAAACGUCAGGGAAGGACUCUUUAUGGAUUUGGGGGUUAGGGUUUGCUCUUUCUUAGUAUCUAUUUGAGGAUUAUACGUAGAAAUUCAGUCUGGGUUUAGGUUUUCUAAGCUUGAAUUAGGUAAGAUGCAAUCUAGAUCUGUAUGUUCUUGGAAAAAGAAUGAAAAAUCUUACCUUCUUCAAUUGAAUUUGUUAUCUAUUUUGAGAAUAUUGAAAUUGAUUGCUCUAAUUGAUCUCAGAUCUGUAAAAGAUGACUGGUAGGUUUCUUUGAUUUUCUUUUAA